CUUUCGGGUAUUUUUUUAUUUACAAAAAAUAUAUACAUAUAAUCCACAGAUUUCUUCGAAUUCAUAACCAGCUGUAAGAUAGAUAAACUUUUUACUAUAGUGGCUAUAACUAUUAUUUCUUUGUCAUGAAACCUUUGUGUCGAAUCUUGAUAAACGGAGCUACAAUAUCGUCAGUGAUAUUUGGGGGAAAGGUCGCGGUUGUGUCAGCUUUUAUAUCAUUGAGAGGACCACAAGUGGAAAGUCGGAGGAAACAUUGGAUCCUGCAACUGUUGGUUUCUUGAAUCGGCAUCAUGGCGCUCCUAAGAGGUAAUAUCCACCUUUUUGAACAGCAUGACCACAAUGGGAGCAUGCUUCCUGCUGCUGCACUGCUGGACUUGAAAUCUUUUAAAUAUUGCUUCACCUUUACCCGUUUCACGACUUUUGUAUCAGAAUUCAAAGUUAGAUCACAUUAAGCAAAAUGAAAGCAGUCUAUGCUUAGCAGCUUUUCUGCUAAUUCAAAUAUCAGGAGGUGUUUUUAAAGGUUUUCUGAUGACAACGUAACUGCAAAUGAGGCUAAAGGUGAAAAUAUGGUGUCAAGAUCACUGGCAGAUGUUCAUAGAUUAGAGUCUUUUACCUGCAAAACAACAGUAAAUACUAUUGUUGGGUUACUGUUUUUCUUUGAUCAGGGUCGGAGGAAGGACCUGGGUGACCCACUUAAUGAAAGUACAUAUAUUAUCACGUCAAUAUACAGUAAUUUAUAAUGCAUUUUAUGGGACAAAGUCUUCUGCCAAAUUUGCUCAGUGCAGAAAUAGAUAGAGAAACUGACCUACUGCCUUCUGAUUUUUAGUCUUGUAACAGUGUAAACUGGCUUUGAAAGUCACACGUCAAAGGACAGUAGUCAAACAUUACUAGUUUCUGCCACUUUUGACCCAUUCACAGUCAUUUGCUGUUUUUUUUUUCUCUCUUUGGUAUUGUCGCUCACUUUUUAUCUAGAUCCCUUUCCUAAAACAGAUGAUGGCACAUUACAUAACACUGAUCACACCACUAAGCACACACACACCACCUCCAGUUGUCACAGUGAGGUCCUGAUAAAUGAAAGGUCAAUGCAAUCAAAGUAAAAGAUCAGCUCCUGCUUAUACCAGGGGUUGGUCAACAAGGAAUUAUGUGUUAACGAACGUUAAGGGCACAUGGAGAGGUGAUCAAAAUCAAUAUCAUACAAAACACUUUUUUAACCCCAGUGAGUUUUUAAUCUUACACCAGUGGUUCUCAAGUCCAGUCCUCGAGCCCCCCCUGUCCUGCAUGUUUUGGAUGUUUCCCUGCUCCCACACAGCUGAUUCAUAUGAUCAGCUCGUUAUCAAGCUCUGUAAUGGCUUAAUAACGAGCUGAUCAUUUGAAUCAGGUGUGUUGGAGCAGGGAAACAUCCAAAACACGCAGGACAGUGGGGGCUCGAGGACUGGACUUGAGAACCACCGCCUUACACAGCAAUGUGCAGCAAGAAUUUUACAAUAAAUUUACAGAAGACAUGUUCAAGUCUGUUGUUAACCAACAGAUUUAACUUGCCCAUGACAUUAUUCUACCCUGUUCUUCUACUGUGGGUUUGUGUUUAAUUAUUGUACAGCUUUUUGAAUCAACAGGUGUCAUUUAUCUAUUGUUCUGAGGAAAAAGGACAAUUAUCUUUGAGCAUUAAUAAUUUGUGUCUUGUAUGACAAGGGCAUAAUUCCAUAGAAAGAUUAGCAGUCUUUGCCUCACCAGUAUAUCGUUGCUUCUCUUUUUACUGCAGUCUAAUUUACUCCCCCUGAUGCAUAAACCUCUCAAGCUGCAUCUUUUUUCUUCAUCUUAAUGCACAGCAAAUGUCACCCAUCUCUGCAGUAUGUGCCACCCAGCAUCUUCUGUCACUGUGAUCUGGCUGCGUUUCAUUGGUGGGAGGUGUGAAAUCUGUGUCGCUUUACUACGGCGCUCUCUUUCUCUGCAGGUGUAUUUAUUGUAGCUGCGAAGCGCACUCCAUUUGGUACUUAUGGUGGCGUGCUGAGGGAUCACAGUGCAACAGACUUGGCAGAGCAUGCAGCCAAAGCGGCCCUCACUGCAGGGGGUGUAGCACCAGAACUUGUGAACAGUGUCAUCAUGGGAAAUGUGAUGCAGGUAGCUGAAUCGCCACAGAUAACAGGCAUUUUAGACAAAUUACAAGCUUGUUGAGCAGCAUCCUAACAUUUUUUCUUCUCUUUUUCAAUUCAGAGCUCAGCUGACGCCCCCUACAUCGCUCGACAUGUGGGUCUCAGGUGUGGUGUUCCCAUCCCAGUGCCUGCUUUAACCGUGAACAGGCUGUGUGGAUCAGGUUUCCAAGCUAUCAUCAGCGGUGCUCAAGUAAGCAUUAUAUAAUUGGCAACACAUGUAUAUGUCACAAAGACUUAAGCCCCCUUGUUUUUUAAGUAUAACAAAUCACAUAUAUGAUUUGACAGAAUAUGUGUUAUCCUUUGUUGCUUCAAAACAAAAACCUCUGAAAUUGUGUGUUUGCAGGAGAUUUGCCUCAGGGAGUCGGAGGUGGUUCUGUGUGGAGGCUCGGAGAGUAUGAGCCAGGCCCCGUACGCUGCUCGCAACAUUCGAUUUGGUACAAAAUUUGGAUUUGAUCUCAAGGUGAGCUUGUGGUUGAUUUUCUCUUUUCGCUCUUAUCCCCAGAUAUACCAGGAGUCAUGUGGUGAUCAUAGAGUCAGCUUGUUACGUAACAUUAGAAGCUUCUGUCACAAAGAAUAAACCUUUUUUUUUUUUUUUGUGGGUUGAUUGACAGCUAGAGGACACCUUGUGGGCAGGCUUGACUGACCUACAUGUCAAAAUCCCUAUGGGCAUCACAGCAGAAAACCUGGCAGAGAAAUACCAGAUCACACGAGAGGACUGUGACAACUAUGCAUACCAGACACAACAACGGUGGAAGGCAGGUAAGAUGGGCUUCACCUUUGCAUUAUCCCUUUGAAAUAUCUACCUCCUCACAGACAUAAUUCACUUUUGAGAGACCAAUAGUUUUAGAUAGGGGGGUGCUAUUCAAGACAAGUUGAUUUGUAAAAUUUUACUGGGUUUUUCAGUCAUAUUAUACUGCACUUUCCUGCUCAAAUGUGCUGCUCUUCACUGCAGAUUUUAUCAAUUUUAUUCAGGUUCUGUUUAUAAAGUUUUAUACUGUUAUAAUAACUUAUGAAUGUAUAUUUUUAUAGUUAGUUUAAUAAAUUAAGCGCUGAAAGACCCAGACUGAUACCCUGUUUGUGGAAACCUUCCUGGCUGAUAAACCUGAUUCUGAUUUCUUUCUUUCGGCAGCUCACGAGGCCGGUCACUACACAGCAGAAAUUGCUCCCAUUGAAGUGAAAGCUAAGAAAGGAAAAGUGGCUAUGGCUCAGGAUGAACACCCUCGCCCUCAGACCACGCUGGAACAGAUGGCCAAACUACCAACUGUCUUCAAGAAAGGAGGGACUGUUACUGCUGCCAACGCUUCAGUGAGUUUACACCAACAUUGUCCUCCUCUGAUUUUUUUUUUUGUUAAUAAUUCAAAGGAACAUUAGGCUGGUUUUUUUUGACAGAAAAUGCAGAAAUAUAUAACACCAGUUGAUCUCAAAAGACUUAAAGCUGAUAGGCCAUCCUUUACCAAAAGUAUCCACUGAAAUUCUGACCCUCUUGGUCUCUGUAGGGUGUAUCUGAUGGUGCUGCUGCUGUUGUGGUUGCAAGUGAAGACGCUGUGAAAGAGCACAAGCUCACUCCACUGGCCAGACUCGUAGCCUACCAUGUGUCAGGCUGUGACCCCAGCAUCAUGGGAAUUGGUGGGUUGCUGACAUCUGUGUUAAUGAUAUUUUCUGUUGUCCUUUCAAACGGCUAAAUAAGCUGCUGUGUUAUUUGUAAAGGUUUCUUUUAAAUAAAGUUUUUUUUGUGGUUUCUUUAUUCUUGCAGGUCCUGUUCCAGCCAUCACAGAAGCUCUAAAAAAAGCUGGUCUGACUCUCAAUGACAUGGAUCUUGUGGAGGUUUGUUGCUAGAAAAACAGUGUCACAUGAGCAAAGUUUAAGAUUACAAGGUUAAUGUGUGUUGAAGUAGUCCUCAAAUGGGACUACAGCAGGGGUGUCAAACUCAACCACAGUAGGGGCCAUAAUCUGGAUUUAGGUCUAACCUGAGGGCCAAACAGGGUCAACAUUUCACCAAAACUGUCAACCUCCCUCUCAAAAAAUAUGUAACAAAAACAGCAAUGAUUAUGAAUGAUUCAGGAAUUAAAAAAAGAUAAAAAGACAAGUUAAAAGGCAAUCUGAGAUAGAGAAAUGUAUUUUAUAUUAACUUUUCAUUCUAUUUUUAUUGAAGAGUUCAAAAUAUCAGAGCAUGAUAUUGACAAUAGAAAAAAUAAUGCUUUUAAAGAGCAAAUACACGAGGAGACCAUUGACAUCAGGUUCAAAAGGUCAAAGUAUGACUUAAAAUUUAAAAUUGGAAUCUAAACUAUAAAAAUGACAGAAGACUAAAAACUGAGUUGGACAAAACCAAAGCAUGAAAUAAAAAACCCAAUCAUGUUUGACUUGUAAUCCUGAAAUGCAAAAUUCAAAACAUGAAAUAAAACACCAAAUACCCCCCCCCCCCCCCCCCCCAAACACACACAUAUUUGUGACUAUUUAUCAAAUCUUCCUUACUCUUACUCAGAUUUUCGUGGCUUAUUAAGGACAUUUUAAAUUAUGGUGCUAAAGUUUACAUUAUUAUACUGAAGGAAAUCUGCAGACUUCAUACUGGUGGGCCAAUAAUAAUGUGCCAGAUCUAAUUAUUCCACGGGCCAGAUUUGGCCCCCGGGCCUUGAGUUUGACACCUGUGGACUACAGGGUGCUCUGAAUGGCUUGUUCAGAAAAUCACUGGAAAAAUUCAGAGGGAUCAAUGUGAAAUAUGCUGAAUUUAUGACAUCACCCGACAGUGAAUCUCUAUAAAAGGACAACAUUUUUCAUUUUAUAAAAGGAAACACAACUUUGUUGCAUGGCAACAAUGUAGGAGGCUUCCAGAAUGCUGGGUGCUGGGGAACUUAAAGGGACAGUGGCUUAAAUGAAGCAUUUUAGACAGAGGCUGAUGUGAGGGUUUUCAAAGACAGCAGACUUACUUCUAUGUGGAGUUCAUCCUUGAUAUUCAUAAUACAAAUUUUUUCUGUGUUGUCAGUUUAAAAUAUUCCCUCUCAAUUUCAUAACUGACUUAAUUUUUUUCCUCAGGUGAAUGAAGCCUUUGCCCCUCAGUACCUGGCUGUUGCUAAGGCUCUUGGUCUGGAUCCGGAGAAAAGCAACGUUAACGGUGGAGCUAUCGCCAUCGGACAUCCUCUCGGUGCUUCUGGAGCACGAAUCACUGGCCACCUGGUCCACGAGCUCAAGUAACCUUUUACCGGACACUUACAGAUGAAUUAAACCAGUGAAAAUCUCUACAUAUAAUUAGCUUUAACAAUGUUGCUUGUUUUUGUUUUUUUUCAACAGGCGACGUGGAGGCAAGUAUGCUGUUGGCUCUGCAUGCAUCGGUGGCGGGCAGGGCAUUGCCGUCAUCAUUGAAAACUGCUGAUUGAAGAAGCUGCAAAUAUCAGAAGAACUCCUUAAACAGAAUGUCUCACACCAGUGUCCACUCAAUGGAAAUACAGACACAUACUAAAAAGAGAAAAGAACAUUAAAAGAACAUACACAGAAAUAGGAAGUUGCUCAACUGAGCAUCCUUUACUCAAUUUUCCUGUAACACACAAUGAAAGCCAACACUCAACGGACGCUUUUGGUCUGUUUUAGUCUAUUUCCACAAAAAUGUGUAAUAAGCUCAAGUUCAGUGAGGCCUUAAAGCCCUAUAAUCUAAAGAGCUAACUCAUGCUACUGAACUGCAGUGGGAGAAGGAGCAAGGAGCAUCUGUGUGUUGGUGCCUAAAAAUCAAAACUAGCUCUUUAGUCACAUUUUUGAAGUAGCAAAAUAGUAACCCACAGAGUUCAGCUUGUGUUUGGUUACAGUGAAGUUUAAAGGAACACUAAACACCUAAUGUAUGCCUUAAGGUGAUCUUUAUCACUCCAGUAUCAGGCCAACUGUAUUUCCAGAAAACUUGAUCUGGCAAUGUAAACUGGUUUUUGUAUUUAUGUUUCAAAAGAUCCAAUAAACAUUUUCAAAAAAAAUAAAGUGUAAUUCUUU